AUGUAUGCUUUGACCGCUAUCAAGGGUGUUGGACGACGAUACGCAAACUUGGUCUGCAAAAAGGCUGAUGUCGACUUGACAAAGAGAGCCGGUGAAUUAUCACCCGAAGAAUUGGAAAGAAUCGUCACAAUCAUCCAAAAUCCACGACAAUACAAAAUCCCUGAUUGGUUUUUGAACAGACAGAAAGAUAUUAAGGAUGGUAAAUUCACUCAUCUCCUCGCUCAAGGUGUUGAUGCAAAGUUACGUGAGGAUCUUGAAAGGUUGAAGAAGAUUCGAGCCCAUCGUGGUCUCAGACACUACUGGGGAGUGAGAGUACGUGGUCAGCACACCAAGACCACUGGUCGUAAAGGACGAACUGUGGGAGUCAGCAAGAAGAAGGCAGGCUAA